AAUCAUACGAUGUGUGACGUGUGUGCAGUGUGUGUGUGAGCGGUCGCCCCAUAAAAUAGCGUGCACCGCAUUCACGUUAUCAUAAGCUUUCCCUCUUUAAAACCUCCUCAAAAAUUAUCAGUCUCCUUCGCAACAUCUAGGCAACGGACGCCAUAACGUUUAUAAACCCUUUCAGUUAUCCUCUCAUUCAUAUUUACAAGUAAAAAGUAUGGAAGAUUUGAGUUUCGUGCCUGACCUGCCUAGCGGGCCGCUGGAUAAAUACAGAAAAACCGCCUCCUUUGAUUGGAAACGCCUUAAAUUGGCUCUGGAAGGUGAUAUAGAGCUCCUGAAACUUAAGUACAAAAUAUGGCAAACACUAGAGAAGGACCCCCUAUUCGCCCACAGCGCCGUCUCACCGCCCGUGGAGGAACAAAAGCGCAUCACCCAACUGCAGCUCAAGAGGAUAAAUGACUACAAGUUCCAUACUAAGGAAAUGGUCAACUCCAGUUAUAGUCGAAGGACACGCACAAUAAUGACGAUUAAUGAGGCGGUGCAGUCGUUAAACCCCAGCGUGUCAGUCAAGAUGGCCAUUGGCAUAUAUUUGUUUUCAAAUGCCUUGCUAUCACUCGGCACUGAGAGGCAUCAUAAGUACUACGAAGCUACAUUCGUAGACAGAGAGAGGCUGGCCAGCUUCGCGCUAACAGAGAUCGCGCACGGCUCCGACGCGCGACUCAUGCGCACGACAGCGACGUACGACCCGCAACACAAGCAGUUCGUCAUCCACACCCCUGACUUCGAAGCCGCUAAAUGCUGGGUUGGUAAUCUAGGUAGAACAUGCACGCACACACUCCUCUUCGCACAGCUGAUCACACCAGACGGUACGAACCAUGGUCUCCACGGCUUCCUGGUGCCAAUCCGCAACCCUGACACCUUGGAGACGUACCCUGGACUCAUUGUGGGCGAUAUGGGGGAGAAGAUUGGUGUUAACGGCAUUGAUAAUGGGUUCAUAAUGUUCAACCAGUACAGGAUACCACGGGAAAACUUACUCAACCGUACCGCUGACGUCACAGAGGAGGGCGUCUAUGAGUCCUCCUUCUCAGACCCCUCCAAGAUACUGGGAGCUGCCUUAGAGAACCUUUCAGCAGGUCGUAUCGGCAUAAUGCAGGAGAGCUGCCAUUCCAUAGCGAGCGCAGUCGCCAUCGCGAUUCGCUACGCAGCCACGCGGACGCAGUUCGGCGAGAGAGACAACGAGAUCUCGCUCAUCGAGUACGAGUUACAUCAAUGGCGUUUAUUCGGCUACGUAGCGGCCGCAGUAGUAUUUAGGAUGUACAUAGAAAACUUUAGCAGAGUAUACCUAAGUAUUGUCGAGAAGUCCAAUGCGGGGAUGAAAGUUGAUAACUUGAGCGAGGCAGUAUCCGAGAUCCACGCGAUGGUGUCGUGCAGCAAGCCGCUGCUCACGUGGACCGUGCUGUCUGCUGCACAGCAGUGCAGGGAGGCCUGUGGCGGACAUGGAUAUUUGAAAGCGGCCAACCUAGGCGACAUCCGCAGCAACCACGAAGCAACAGUCACGUACGAGGGCGACAACAACGUGCUCUCGCAGCAGACAGGCAACUGGCUGCUCCGGCAGUUCGAAGCAGCCCGCAGCGGCGGCGCCGUGGACUCGCCGCUCCACACCGUCACCUUCCUCAUGGACUGGCAGCGCUGGCUUCAAGCCAAGUUCCGCUGCACCAUAACUGACGAGCUCAAGAGUAGGGAAUUUAUAACAACCACAUACAGAUGGCUAAUAUGCUAUCUCCUCAAACAGACUCACGAGAAAUACGAAGCAGAGAUCGCUAAAGGCUUGACAAAGUUCGAAGCACGGGCGAAGUCACAAGUUUACAAAUGGCGGGACCUUACGAAGACGUAUGCAGAGUAUUUAGCGAUUAUAUUCUUCCUUGAAUCGCUGGAUAAGAAGGAGAAGAGUCUACAACCGGUGCUGAAUAAGCUGUUUUGCUUGUAUGGGCUUUGGUCUCUAGAUCAACAUCUGGUUGAGUUGUAUCAAGGAGGAUAUUCACAGGGUGAAUCACUAGCCCGACUACUCCGUGAUGCGAUACUAGAGUUAUGCAGCGAGCUUAAAGGCGAGAUCGUGAGCGUGGUGGACGCGCUCGCGCCGACGGACUUCGUGCUCAACUCUGUGCUCGGCAAGAGUGAUGGCAAUCUCUACCAAAACAUCCAGAAAGCAUUCUUCAGUCAGCCCGGCGCCUUCGAGCGCGCCCCCUGGUGGCGCGACGUCGUCAGUCUGCCACGGUCCAAGAUAUAAACACACAAACUAUAUUACAUGUACAUACGUAUGACCUGAACUCUGUAGUUUAGAUAAAACUUGAGAUAUAACGAGGCCGAUCAAGGAAAAAAUGAAGCAUUAAAUGCCGAAAAAACUUUAGUUUUUACACCAAGAAAUGUAAAGAAUAUCCUCGAUAUACUCAAACGUUACGUUAACUUUUAAGCACGGCUGAUCAGCUGACCCGAAUCUAUCUUUUAUCAAUCGAACAUUAACCUUCCACUAUUGUGAUAAGGUUGAAAAUCUAUUGAAGAUUUAAUUACACUACUUUUACGGAUUUUAUCGCGGUUAUAUUAACUAUUUAAUCACCGUUUCGGGUCCUUUACAGCAUCCAUGGCAGACUCUUACCGCGAUAAAAUCCGUAAAAGCAGUUUAUUUAAAUGUCUAAUAUUUGCGAAGUGUCAGAAAUCAAUAAAUCUAUUGAAGAAUGGGGUAGGUUGAUACACUGUCUGUACUUCUAAAAUGGAUUUUUGUUCUAAUCUUAAUUUACUUAAGAUAGAUAAUGAUAUUUGAGCUUUUAUUAUAAUUGAGCGGCGUUUGAGUAUUCCGAUGUAUAUUAAUUUGAACAAAUAUUUUGUUACUUUCUGGGUCAGCCUCAAAUCAAAUACUGAGAUUAUUUGGUAUUUUUCUACGUUAAAAUUGUGUUAGUAUGAAAAUCAAGUUUUUUAGCGGUGCCUCAUAACAAUGCAUUUAAUUUGCGUUUACUGUACAGAUACGCGAUAGUUACUAAACGUAUGGAGGGUCAUAAUAUAUUAUAUUUUAAAUAUCAUGUGAGAUCAUAUUUUUAAAAUAUAAAAGCACUAAUAGUGCCGCUAGAAUCGCUUAGUUUAAAAAUAAUAAUAUUUUAUAGUGCACAAUAGUUGUGUCCAAAGUAUCGAUAAUUCUAGAGAUAUUUUAUCGAUUAUUUUACGUUUCAAAAUAUAGAGGUAUAUGGUAUAUCAUAUUUUAAUUUAGAGGUGUAAAAUUAUUGUGCACUAUGGAUGAAAUGUUUUAGAAUAUAAUAAUCGAUAUACUUCAAGUUACGUUACCUUGAUAUAGUAUUAAAUAUUAUUUUGAACACUGCCUAGCGCUGUUAAAUGUCGGCGAUUUAUGAAUACGGUUAUCGAUAGAUUAGUCGAAUUUAUUUUAUCAAAUCGAAAAUCACUUUAAUUUUACAAAUGGGUUAUACAAUUUAUUUUAUGUAUUUUUAUUUUCAUAGUCGAAUUUCGAUUUUAUUUUUAAGGCAUUUUUUCAUAAUGAUGAUAUAUUUUUUAUUAUUUUUGUGGUAUAUUAAGUUCAUACGGCUUUGGUUCUGGUGUUAAAUAAAUACAUAUUUUAAUGGGUAUACUGAGAUUAAUGGUGUGAGUAUUAUAGAGUAGACUUCAUGUGAUUAUAUCAUAAUUAUAUUUUUGUAAAAAGCUCUAUAAAAUUAAUAUUUAUCUUACAACCCCAGGAGGGUUAUAAUUUCCUCGCCGUAUGAACUAUCAAACAAAUAUAUUUAGUAAGAGUAUUAUUAUAGCGAGCAUUUUAUUUUUUAUUAAUUUAUUGAUGAAGAAGACCUCAAUAAAAUAUUGUUAAGUAAUCAAUAAAUAUUUCAACUUUAAGCGUAGUAUCAAGAGUCACAUUAUUUUAGUGUGUACAGUACAAAUUAUUAUUAUUUAUUUUUCUGGCAUUCAUUAAAUGUAUUUUUAUAAUAUACUUUUUUUUUCUCUAUUCUGUAGGAUUUCUAAAAUAAACAAUCUAUUUGAAGAAUGAACAUUUUAAAACGUGGUUAGAUGCAAUUGCGCAAUGUUUGUUGUAUUUAUAAUAUUUUAACGAAAUUGGUACUAUGUAAUGAUUAAAUGUAACAUUUAUUAAUUAAAAUGAUAAAUCGAUUGAGUAUUGGACCGUAAAUAUUAAUCACAAAGCAUCUUUCUCUGACAUUACACAACUAUACAUAUAUGACGAAUGCGCGUUCACAUAUGUCCUAAAUCAUUUCACUAUAUUUGCAGACCAGUUAACAAAAUCCUAUUUCUAUAUACUCCAUUGGAGUUGGUACUUAACUACAGCUAAACAGACUUGAUAGGACUUAUAUGCAACAAAUAAAAUAAUGCUUGAAAUAAUGUUUCAAUUGAUUAAGUAACGUUUGUUAUUGCACAAGAAUUGAUUUUUAACCACAUUUUAUUUUUAAACGUGAGUUUUUAUAUAAAAGUCUUAUCAAGCUUGCUUGCCUCUAGUUCCUACUGAAAUGAACUAUCGGUCAGCGAGUUAAUUAGCGAUUUUAAUAUAAAAUUAGAUGUGUAUAGUUGUACCUUCCUUCUAGAAGUGCCUUCCUCUUGUAAAGUACCUUCGUGAUGUCAUGUUAUGUAGAUUGUGUAAGCUAAUGUUUAUAUGGAACUGUUGAUUGUCAAAUAUAAAUGGCGUAAUAAUUAA